AUGGGCUCAGUGUGGUUCACUUCCGGUCCAGUCCGCGUCUUGUUGUCCAACGUCCCUCCUUUUAUUUCAGAUGAAGCUAUCUGUAAAGAACUGUCUCGGUACGGGCGAAUCGUCUCCCCCAUUAAGAGAAUCCCUCUUGGCUAUAUUAAGUGUUUUAAAUGUGGAAAAACUGGUCAUCUUGUUCGGGCCUGCCCUGAGAGGCAGAGUGACCCCGGUGUUUCUGAGCGACCGGGGCAGGACGCAGCUCAGUCGGCUGGGGUCGUUCCCCCUGCGGCUACAGUUCGGCCGGCUGCUGAGGGCCCCGGAGCUGCUGCUGCACCAGACACGACAGAGAGUGAGCCCCAAGCCCAGCCUGCAACCCAGAAGCCCACUGGAGCUGCAACAGCCCCGGAAAAGCCAUGCACGGCCGAACCGGCCGCGGAAGAGCCAUGCUCAGCUCAACCGGACCGGGAGAAGCCGUGCUCCACUGAGAAGAGCUCAGUGGGUUCUGGAGCAGUGCUGGAGCUGCCUGCGCUGGCAGAGGCAGGCGCGGAGGUGCAGAGAGACCGCCCGGAAACACCGGACACUACACCAGUGCAGGGGGACGGGGGAGACGUGGACAUGGUGGAUGAGCCCGUCUUUAAAGUGCUGAAUAAAAGGAAAAAGCAAGGUAAGGGACGGGAAAAAAGCAGGCAAAAAAGGACACAAAGAUGGGGGAACGAGAAUCAGACAGUGAUGACUGCAUGUCAGACUCUGUUUUAA